AUGUUCUCAAGUGUUAUACUAAGACCAGGAAUUAGUGUGUCUCGCCUUCCCUCUCGUAGUCUUUCUUCUAUAACAAAAUUUGAUACGAAAAAGUUUGUCCAGUCAUUGCAGCAGCAAGGUGGAUUCACCCAACAGCAAGCAGAAACAUGCGUGAGCAUUGUGAACAAGGCUAUUAAUGAUGGGAUUUUUUCUAUAACUCAGAAUCUUGUUACUAAGGAGACGUUACUGUCCACAGCUUAUCAGCAGAAGGUUGACUUUGCCAAAUUGAAAGGUGAGCUUCAGACUAUGGACAAGUCUGAAUUUACUAACUUGAAGAAAGAGCAGGAAAACCUUCGUACAGAUUUGACAAAUUUGAAAAAUAGAUUAAAAGAAGAAAUAACUAAGAAUCAAGCAGGUUUAAGAUUAGAUUUGAACUUAGAAAAGGGAAGAAUAAGAGAGGAAUCGUCAAUCCAUGAACUGAAAAUUGAAGAUACUUAUACUAGAAUAGAUGAAGAGAUAGCUAAUAUGCAGAUGCAAAUUAAGAGUGUAAAGACUCAGGUUAUGCAGUGGUUAAUCGGUGUUUCUUCUGGUACCUUUGCCUUAUUAUUGGCAUUCGUGAGAUUCUUUGGUUAG